AUGAAUAAUCAUCGUCGUCACGCUUCGGAAUAUAGUAUAUCAUUAAACCACUUUUUACCAAAGCCACUUGAACCAAAAAUAGAUGAUUUAACAAGUAAUAAAACCUCAACAACUAGGAAUAACUUUUAUCAUAGUCGUUCGUAUUCAGAUUAUACUCAUCCUUAUCCUGUUAGUAUUAAUAAUAAUACUUCUCAUACAAACCAUAGACGCGCCUACUCGACAAGUACUAUAAAUUUUCAUCAAAUACAACAGAACCCACCUUCUCUCUCUUUAUCUCAUUCUUCUUCAUCAUCUUCAUCCUCUUCUUUUUCUUUUGAUGAAUCUCAUAAAUUAAUGCAUCAGGUAUCUGAUAGCAAAAGCAAAUUAAAUCACUCUACUUCAACAUAUAAAGCGAAAUUAAUAACACCAAAGCAGCAUAAUAAAUACAUUUGCUCCUAUUGUACUAAAGGAUUUUCGCGACCAUCUUCAUUACGUAUUCAUAUCUAUUCACAUACAGGCGAAAGACCUUUUGAAUGUAUUGAGGAAGGUUGUAAUCGUAAGUUUAGUGUACAAAGUAAUAUGAGACGGCAUCUACGUGUCCAUCGAUUAGGAAAAUCACUUAAACGAAAUGGUGGAUGUAUUUCCCCAGCUGAUCGAGCACAACUAAUCAAUAAACCUCUAGCUGCAAAUCAAUGGAUAUAA